CAGCAACGUGCGGAAGCCGCGCAGUGCGUCCAGCCGAUCGACGUGAGGUGAAAAGAUCCCCCCCCGGGGAAAGAGGAGCGGACAGCCGUGUUUUUCUUAAACAAGCGAUACCGGCGACAUGGCGACCACCAGCCCCUGCGUUGUGAUCAGUGAUGAGGAGCAAGGUUAUGACCUGGAUCUCUUCUGCAUACCAAAGCACUAUGCUGCUGACCUGGAACGUGUCUAUAUUCCUCAUGGGCUCAUCUUGGACAGGACUGAGCGGCUGGCCAGGGAGAUCAUGAAGGACAUGGGUGGCCACCAUAUUGUGGCCCUCUGUGUACUCAAAGGAGGUUACAAGUUCUUCGCAGACCUGCUAGACUACAUCAAAGCCCUUAACCGCAAUAGUGACCGCUCCAUUCCAAUGACUGUGGACUUCAUACGCCUCAAGAGCUACCAAAAUGACCAGUCUACGGGUGAGAUUAAGGUGAUUGGUGGAGAUGAUCUGUCCACACUCACAGGGAAGAAUGUCUUGAUUGUGGAGGACAUCAUUGAUACCGGAAAGACAAUGAAGACGCUGUUGGAGCUCCUCAAGCAGUACAAUCCAAAAAUGGUCAAGGUAGCCAGUUUGCUUGUGAAGAGGACACCAAGGAGUGUUGGCUACAGGCCAGACUUUGUAGGAUUUGAGGUACCGGACAAAUUUGUGGUGGGAUAUGCGCUAGAUUACAACGAGUACUUUAGAGAUUUAAAUCACAUCUGCGUCAUCAGCGAAACGGGAAAAGAGAAGUACAAAGCGUGAGGUGGCCUGCGCCUCCCCCUUUUAGCUGUGUAUCAUUUUUAUUGAUGUUCAUUUUAUAUCUGGUUUGUAAUUUUCACGAGUGCAGCUCACCACAGAUACAGGUCCUCCUCUCAGGGUAUCUGGUGAGGUGCAGAGAGUGUGUGCUCAUAGAAUACCUCAGAUUUGCUCAUCCUUCCUUUAGCCCACUGGCUAACACACAUUUCACAGCUGAAUCAAAAAUGCAUGCAUUUGGAUUAAAUAUCACUGAUUGUAAAUGUUAGCGUGAGGGCUGAUAAAUGUUUAAUUUAUUACAUUUGUAUUUGCUGAAAAUAUUGCCAGAUGCCAUGUUAAAUAUUUAAUUCAGCAAAAUUAGGUGGAAUCUAACCAAAAAAAUUGGAAUUAUAUCCUGCUUAAUAGGAUCAAUCCCAUGUAUUUGCACAGCGAGCAAAAUCAGUUACUGAGUAAAAGAUUUUAUAGUACAUCAUGAUUUGCACAACUGAAUUUAAUGAACAUGCAUCUUUUACCAGUAGGAUUCUGAGAUAUAUGCAAAAGUACUUAACAUUUAUUUAAGUAGUUGAUACAGAACAUCUCAGUUGUCCAACUAAUGAACAGAAUUUUGUUUCAGUAACUGUAAAUCCAAUCAUUUUACCUGCUUUUAUGAUGUCUGUUUAUUGCCAUUUAGGAGCAUUCCUGCUGCUUCUGUGUUUUUGACAAUUUUACAUGAAGGGGGGUGGAUGUUAUGGUGCCUUAUAUGCCAAGUCAUAUAGCCACAAUAACAAUCAUACCCAUACACUUGCUCUAACACAAGAACGGAUUAACUGAAGGCAACUUAUUCUACACAUUUACCGCUUGUAAAUUAGCCUUAUAGGUCAGUAUGCUAGGCACGGAGUGCAUAUCUAGGUCCUAAAAUUGAUUAUUUAAAACCUUUUCUUGUGAAGGGGGAUGAGCUUUGGCUCUAGUGUGCUGGAGUCCACCAGUUUGCUCCAGUGUCUACUAAACCUGUUACUUAACUGAUCAGCAGAAUCAAAGGUGCAUUUGAGCAAAGAAAUCAAGAAACUGCUGGACUUUGGCCUUCCAGGACGAAAGUUGCCCCCCCCCCCCCCCCCUGGGGUUUUUUAAAUUAAAGUGUAGAUCUUUAAUGCUGUUUUCAAACAGCCGUCCCAAUUCUGACGCAACAUAUGGGGUAGGUUAUUUCAUCAUGAAGUGGACCACUGUAUAAGAGUGACUUUAAGAUAUCACAUUAAAAAUGUACUGCAUUGAAUGUAA